AUGGAUAAAACAACUGCUGAAAAUUUCAUGAAAGAUCUUUAUUCGAAUUCAAAUCCAUUAUUAUACGAAUUUCGAAAUGAUAAUAUUGGUAUUCAACCUUAUUUUGCUCUAGUGAUUCAAUGUCUUCUGUUCGAAUGCUCUCAACGAAUUUGGAAUCGUGUCAUUUACAAAACUUGGUUAUUACCAAGUGAAUUAAUUAUUAUUGAAGUUGUCAAAUCAUCUCAUCAACAGCGAAAUCCAACAAAAAUUCGUCGAACAAUUAAACCUCGUUCUUCUCCGACUAUUUAUAUAUUUGAACAAUGGAAAAAAUUGUCGAUUUCAGUAAUCAAAACUCGUCGAAUUCAAACAUUUGAUCUUUUCGAUCUUGUAUUUUCAAGUCUUCCGUUAACUGCUCAUACGAUUUGGUUUUGUGUUAUUCAGUGGCCGUGUUUAGCUAUUACCGAUGGACAAGUCUGGAAUUGUUAUAAUUUGUUUGGCUAUCGUUUGUACAAUUACGUUUUCAGUCGAUAUGUCGAGUUUACCCGGGAAUUUUUUCCAAAACUUUAUUUUUUAAUCAAAAAUCGAAAAACUUUCCGCAGAAAGACCGGUAAUUGCAGACAUUGUUGUUCCAAUGCCAUUUUUUAUAUAAGUUUAUCAAGUUCUAUCAUCACAUUUCUCUUUCUUGGAGUUUUAAUAUUUCCAUAUUUGAUCACACAUGUUAUUCCGAUGACUUGUAUUUAUCAGGUUAUUUUCAUUACUUAUAUUUACUUUAUUGUCGUUAUUUCAAUCUUUAUGGAAUAUUUCAUUCCGUUUAAAAAUUAUUUUCUUUUCUUACGAAAGAUCUUUAAAAAUGAUUCUCAUCUUCGUCGAGCUGGAAUUCAUACUGGAAUUAAAAUUUUACCUUAUAUCGUGGGGAUUUUGUUUAAUCUAUCCCAAUCAUUUUAUUAUGGAAGUGAUUAUUGGCAAACGAUUGGCAAAGAAAUCGAUUCAAGAGAAUCGAAAUUGUAUCUUUAUCGAAUCGGUUAUUCACCGGAUCAAAUUUUUCACACGAUAUUGACGACUUUAUAG